GAAGAUGAAUCUGCCUCGGAGCUGCAUCGUCCUCCUGCUCCAGGGGAGCAUCUCGCUGCUGGUCAUCUGUGGCCAAGAAGAGGCAGGGAAAGGUGUGGAGCAAAGGGAGCCCAAGAGCCAGGAGAGAGCUGGAGCACAGAAGGCCAGAGGGCUGCCCUCUCUCAGGUCCCUCUUCACCCCAAGCCUAGCCCAGAACCUGACCCUCCUGGAGCUGGUGAGCUCCAGCUCGCGGGAGCUAUGGGACCUCCUGGACCACCUGUCCCAGAGGGAUCCCCCUCUGCAGCCCAGAGGACAGAGGGACUUGGGGCUGGCUUCGGGCAAGCUGAGGAAGGUCUUUGGCUGGGGAGAUUUCUACUCCAACAUCAAGACAGUGAAGCUGAACCUGCUGAUCACCGGCAAGGUGGUCGACCACGGCAACGGCACCGUCAACGUCUUCUUCCGCCACAACUCCACCGGGCAGGGCAACAUCUCGGUCAGCCUCGUCCCCCCGACCAAGGCAGUGGAGUUUGACCUGGAGCAGCAGAUCUUCAUUGAGGCCAAAGAGUCCAAGAUCUUCAACUGCAGGGUGGAGCACGAGAAGGUCGACCGGGCCAAGAAGACCACGCUCUGCACCUACGACCCCUCCAAGACCUGCUACCACGAGCACACCCAGAGCCACGUCUCCUGGGUCUGCUCCAAGCCUUUCAAAGUCAUCUGCAUCUACAUCACCUUCUACAGCACAGACUACAGGCUGGUGCAGAAAGUGUGCCCUGACUACAACUACCACAGCGAUGUCCCUUACUACCCCUCGGGAUGA